AUGGAAUACCCGCAUCCACUCCUCGCUCGUCGCCAGAACCAAUUCCCGUUCGACCUCGCCCUCCUCGUUCGCACGUACCCAGUGGACGAUCUCCGUUAUCACAACCAUCUUUCUCGACUGCAUCCACUUCUUUGCAUCGCAGUCAUCCCUACAGGGAUGGACGUAUCCCCGAACAAGGAUUACGAACCAACCGGCGGACAUGCUACAGAUGCGGAGGAGAUCAUUAUGUCCGUGACUGCCCCCGACGAUGAUGAAAAUCACGAUAUUUCUUGUGGACAAGAAACGUUAGAUGGGAGCUGA